CGACCUUGUUCCCGGGACGCGCCGCCGCUGGCGAGGCCGCUGCCGACUUGGACCGGACCGGACCGGGCUGACACCACCAUCAGUACCCCACGUCCCGGAGGCUGCCAUGACCACAUCCCCCCUGUGCUAGGGGCUGCCCACAUUUCCUCAGCGAGUCCCCAGCCCCGUGGUGAGGAUGCGUGCCUGGAAGGCGGUGGCCAGCACACUGGUGCUCAGCGGGGCUGACGUGGUGGUCACCACGCUGCUCUACACCCAUGGCCGAGGUGGCCGGGAUGUCCUGCAGGACCUGAGACACUUCAACAUCUUCAACUCACUGCUGGACAUCUGGGGGGGCUGCCUCUACCGCAGCUGUGUGCUGCUGGGGGCUGCCAUUGGCGUGGCCACCAACACCGCCUACGGCCCCCGGCGCCUCCGGGCUUCACGGACCUUCAUCGCCAUCAUCUGCCUCCUGAUGGGCAUCUACAUGAUGGUGAAGCUGCUGCUCUACUCAGAAGUGAGGAAGACCAUCAAGGACCCGUGGUUCUGGGGGCUCUUUGCCUGGACCUACGUGGCGCUGGCAGCCACCUUUGGACUGUGGCAGCUGCUGGCCUGCGUCACCUCCUCCCGCGAGACGCUGGGGCCUGGCUCUGAGUCCCGUGCCGAGGCAGAGGAGAGCUGUGAUGGCAGCACCCCACGGGACAAGCAGAAGGAGGCAGCAGGUCCCACCAUCCGUAAGCUGCUGUCCUACACCAAGCCAGAUGCCAUCUUCCUGGGCAUUGCCUCCUUCUUCCUCCUUGUGGCUGCGCUGGGAGAGACCUUCCUGCCCUACUACACAGGGCUGGCCAUUGAUGGUAUCGUGGUGCAGAAGAGCAUGGACCGCUUCUCCACAGCAGUGCUGGUCAUGUCACUGCUCGCCAUAGGAAGCUCAUUUGCCGCAGGUAUCCGGGGUGGUGUUUUCACACUCAUCUUUGCAAGACUCAACAUUCGCCUUCGCAACUGCCUCUUCAGGUCCCUGGUGGCCCAGGAGAUGAGUUUCUUUGAUGAGAAUCGCACAGGGGACGUCAUCUCCCGCCUCACGUCAGACACGACCAUCGUGAGUGACCUGGUGUCCCAGAACAUCAACAUCUUCCUGCGCAACGUGGUGAAGGCCACAGGGGUCAUCUUCUUCAUGUUCAGCCUCUCCUGGAAGCUCUCACUCGUCACCUUCAUGGGCUUCCCCAUCAUCAUGCUGGUGUCUGAUGUUUAUGGCAAGUACUACAAGAAACUCUCCAAGGACGUGCAGAGUGCAUUGGCCAAGGCCAACAACACUGCUGAGGAGACCAUCUCUGCCAUGAGGACUGUCCGCAGCUUUGCCAACGAGGAGGCAGAGGCAAAUGUCUACUGGCAGAAGCUGCAGCAGGUCUACAAACUCAACAAGAGAGAGGCCAUGGCUUACACCUACUACGUCUGGUCCAGCGGGCUGACCCUCCUGGUGGUCCAGGUCAGCAUCCUUUACUAUGGUGGGCACCUGGUGAUCUCUGAGCAGAUGACAAGUGGCAACCUGAUAUCUUUCAUCAUUUAUGAGUUUGUCUUAGGAGACUGCAUGGAGUCCGUCGGUUCUGUCUACAGCGGGCUGAUGCAGGGAGUGGGAGCUGCUGAGAAGGUCUUUGAGUUCAUCGACCGCCAGCCAACGAUGGUGAACGAUGGGACCCUGGCCCCAGAGCAGGUGGCAGGGAAGGUGGAGUUCAGAAAUGUCACCUUCUCCUACCGCACCCGCUCCACCACUCAGGUCCUCCAGAAUGUGUCCUUCACCCUGCACCCUGGCAGAGUGACAGCACUGGUGGGUCCUUCAGGGAGUGGGAAGAGCUCCUGUGUCAACAUCCUGGAGAACUUCUACCCUCUGCAAGAGGGGCAGGUGCUGCUGGAUGGGUGUCCCAUUAACAUGUAUGAUCACAAGUACCUGCACUCCGUGAUCUCCCUGGUGAGCCAAGAGCCAGUGCUGUUUGCCCGCUCCAUUGCAGAUAAUAUUUCCUAUGGCUUAACCUCAGCCUCUUUUGAGUCAGUUGUUCAGGCUGCCCAGAAAGCCAAUGCACAUUCCUUCAUCACUGAGCUACAAGAUGGUUACCACACAGAGGCAGGAGAAAAAGGAGCCCAGCUGUCAGGUGGCCAGAAGCAGAGAGUGGCAAUAGCCAGGGCCUUGAUCAGAGCUCCCCCCAUCCUAAUCCUGGAUGAAGCCACGAGUGCACUGGAUGCAGAGAGCGAGCAUGCGAUUCAGCAAGCGAUUUACGGCGAUUUGCAGAACCACACGGUGCUGGUCAUAGCUCACAGGCUGAGCACUGUGGAGAAGGCACACAACAUCAUUGUGCUGGACAAGGGCCGCGUGGUGCAGCAGGGCUCCCACAAGGAGCUGAUGGAAGAAGGAGGCCUUUAUUCCAAGCUGGUGCAGAGACAGAUCCUGGGGCUGGAAGGGGGCAGCACAGACAGUCACCAACCCGCAGCCCGGGGAGAUUCGACCAAGGUACCCGGUGGGCUGGAGGAAGAGUUCAGGAUAGAGCAUUCCCUGCCAGCUGUGCCACAGGACGAUUACAACAACACAGCUCACAAGUGAGAGCAGCAGGGGCUGGUGCUGGAGCUGUGGGCUGGGACACUGGGCCAGGAGGUGGCUUGCUGAGGGGCUGCAGCACGGCACCCGUUUGCUCCCCCUGCACCCACACACCCACAACACACCCCCCCAAACAAUGGAGCUUCCUGCUCCAGACCCUGGCUGGUUAAAACAGGGACAUGGAUUCAUUCGAGGGAGUUGGGUCUUUAGCAAUUCCCAGUGUUUCUACUGGGUUUCUUUUCUUACUACCAGUAAUUCCUCUCGACUGGGACUUUUCUCCCAUCGGGAUGCAUGUGUAACUGCUAAUUGUGUAAUGGGUGUUAAGUGCAUGCAUGGAGAGGAAGAUGGAAAAAAAAAACAACCCUUCAGGAAUUUCAGAGGGUGGCUUCUGUGGCUGGGUAGAAAAACAGGAACUGUAAACCAAGAUCCUGCUCCCCACUUUCAAUCUGUGGGGCCCAUCUGAAACUGCAGGGAGCUUCCCUGAAGUCUGAAGGGAAAACCUGAAGACCUGAAGUCUGCAGGGAGCUUCCCUUGGGCUUUGGGGAAAGCUGGAUGGCUCCCACAGGAGGGUUUUGCACUGAGUGCCUGCAGGCUCAGAGCCACUGCUGCUGAGCUCGUGUCAGGUUGUCACCAUCCUUGCUGGAACAAGCCAGGGGCCCGGGAGGCAGAGGCUGCUUUCAGAUUUGCUCUCGGUGCUUGGUGUGUUUGUUCAUUUUUAAGGAUGAAAAGUUUUACCAUCAUCGACUUAGAUUUUAGGGUUGAGCUUUUUUGGGUUUGGGUUUUUGGUUGUGGGUUGUUUUUGUUUUGUUUUUAAAACAUUUUUGCACACUGCAAUGUCUGCCUGUCUCCAGCAUCCACUGAAAAUUGGUCUGUUAUUUCAUAAUUUAUUUUUUUUUAACUCACCCCCCUGGUGCUGGGUUGAAAUUAAAAAAAAACCAAACCAAUACUACUUAAAGACGGGCAUAAAACACUAAAAGACAGCACUUUAUAAAUCCCACCAAAGCUUUGUUCACCUUCAGGCCAUGCCAGAGACUUCACUGCAUGGGAAAUCCAUACAGUCACUUUCCUGGAAGUCCAGCUUCAGCUGCCUGAACUGUAAAAGGUGUUUCUUUGAAUAUUAUUUAUUAACUUACUGUAUUUAUGAGGGAUGGAAAGAAAUGUGUUGCUCCAAGCUCUUUGGGGUAAUAGCUCUGGCUUAGUAGUGUUAUCCUGCCAUAGAUUGGUGAAGAAACCUAUGCAGCCAGGCAGGUGCUGUUGGAAAACAGCAUUUAUACAGGGAAGAAUGAGUCCAGACUGUGCAUAAUUAGCAAAUUAUCUCAAGCACUUUAGCUCUUAUAUUUUUUGAUUUUUGAAUGUGUGAAUUUACUUUCUGGCAGUUUUGCAUUUUUGUUGUUGGCCAUGUUUUGUUUUUGUUUAGUGAUGUUUUACAAACUCUUUAGUGUCCUUGAGGAGGGAUACUCAAAAAAAAUAAAAUACUACCUCUGCCACUCGACAUCAAGCCAAA